AUGGAUAGCGCAGAAUCUCUGGUUGGCCUUCGCGGCCUGUACCAGGAUCUUUCUGCUCUCUCUGACUCGUCUCUUGUCAACAUAGACCGACUCCGCGUCGAGUUGGAGACUCACAUUCAUGCCUUUAGGUCCCUACUUGACAAGCCCACAAAGAGCAAUGCAAGCCGACAAAGUGUUCUCUCUGGGAAAAUCACAAUCAACGAUGUGGAAUAUUCAGUCAACGAGGAAUUCCAACAAGGCGCACUUCAGGUCGCCGACGCACUCGAUAUCGACGAAUUGGUUGCAUCGCUGUUAUUUCUCAGGGCCCAAGAGGCUGCUCCAAUGCUGGAUAGACCUCCUGUGAUUGUCGCAAUCAUACAAUUCCACGAACGGCGACACUUCUUACUAGAAUCACUGCGCCUCAUCUUCCAGGAAUCUUUCGAGGUAGAGCGGGAAGAGACGCAAGAGUUGAUGCAAGAAAUGUUGGCUCAUGUUGUCGAGAUCAAAGACGGCCAAUUACGGAACGCAUCAUUAUUCACACGCAAAUGCCUAAAGUCCAUGGAGGAUAUCGAGAGGUGGCUGGCUCUCCUUGGUGAACAAAUCCAAAAGGUUUCCCUUGUUGGAGAAGCAGAAGAUCAGGACAUCAUGGAGGCUAUAGAGCACCAGCGCACCACGUUGUUCCAGCAACACGAGUCGCUGGGUGCAAUAAUAUGCUACCUUUUCAAAGGGCCAUACACGAGCUCUGAGGAUCUAAGAAUAUUGCUAAACCACCUCAGGAAGAUCGACCGUUUUGAUGGCAUACUUAUCCACUACGUUCCGUCCAUAAUUUCCUCGUUUGUCCAGCACGGCUCUCCCGAGCGAUCGGGUAACUAUAAUGACGCCCGGAGCCUAAAUACAGCCAUCCUCGCUACUAAAGAUGGUCAGAACUGGAGACUCCAAACAUUUCACUCGGCAGUCGUCGCACUUUGGCUCGCAGUCUACAGUGGAUGGGACUACGAUGGGCCGUCGUCAGCUCCACCAGGUGUAGACCUCGAAAAGGAAGGUGAAGAACGUACAAGAAUGUUCAUGUCGGCCCUAGACGACGGAGGUCUGGAUCUCCUAGUUGCCAUUUGCUCAGGUGUGAGUGGUGAGGAGUGGAACGACCCAGUCCGCAGUGAAUUGGUAACAAUGCUGUUGAGAGAAAGUGCGUCUUCAAUGAGGGAAAGUGGUUGGGCGACGCCUGAAACGGAUCCAUGCUCUUCAUAUUUGAAAUUCUUGUUAAUGGAGAACUUUGAGGCCUUUGCGGAAUCUUGCGUGGCGAAUAUGCCGGACGCUGUUCGAAAAUUGAAAACCGAGGAGGACUCUCAGAGACUGGAUCAAAUUACCGCGCUGAGGGAUGGAUUGACUUCAAAUCUCCAUCGCAGUCUUGUGGAAGCCCGAACACAUCUUGAGUCUUUUCUAUUGAUCAUGGCCUUCGCAUUCGAAGGCCGUCCUGACGCAGCGCAGGAGUUCUGGGCCGAUCCCGAUGGAAAUCUAUACGGCUUUCUGCAGUGGGCCUCCAAGCGACAGACCGUACCCAGGGUUAGCGCCUUUUGCGAACUAUUAUGUUCAAUCUCUGGAGGAGAGGACAAUGCCGCGUCUGCGCAUAGGUUUCUCUUGGAAGAAGAUAAAUUCAUGUCCUCAAAAUUCAAGCGGUCCACAUCCAUGAAUUGGUCGCAAAUGUUCGCAGAACUUCAAAUAUACGCAACACGAGUCACAGAGAAGCCCACAACGACCCAAACCAUUCAGCACGCCAGGAAGUUCGAGCCGGCUGAAAUGAGUGAACCGGAAAGUCCUGUCAUGCUCUCAUGUUACCUCCGUCUUCUCGGGCAUCUUUCCAGACAGAGCUCCGCCGUCCGGGAAUGGAUGCUACAUCACCCAUCGUUCAACAUUGUUAGCACACUUUUGACCCUUUGCGGUGGGCCAUUACCCUCUCACUUACGGGCAACGGUGUUCCAAGCACUUGCAGGUCUGAUGUCUGAUAGGAGCGCUCUUAACGGAAAUGAAAUGUGGCUCUCAAUUGAUCAAUGGAUCUCUAGCGGAGCUAUGAGUGCCUCCGCUCACAACAAAGUUCCUCUGGUUUCAAACCCGCUUAUCUGGCACGAGCAGCAGGCAUUCGAGAAGAUUGGUGAAAGCUUCGACCAAGCCAAUGCGUUUAUCGUUCUUAUACUUUCCCUUGUUUCCCCGGCUAUCGAUUCAGCUGAUUAUCACCUCUGGUUGCCCUUUCCCGAAUCGCUUGGCUCGUCCUAUCGUAUGCCGGGUAUUGAACCGUACAUAGACUUCAUCUUGGGUCAAGCACUCUCAAGAAAGAUCCCUGAUCUCAACGAGCGCCAAUCUAGACUACUCACUCACAAUUCUCUGGAUUUUGUCUUGACAUGCCUGAAUUCCUUCAACGAGCCCCUUGUUACUGCACUUAGCGGGGCAUCGGCAACACCAGAACCCAGCCUUAAAACUUCGACACUGCUCACAUAUGUUCGCCUUCAUCCGUUCGCGCGUGUAGCCGAGUGGCUGUAUAAUGAAGAUGUUAUCAAGGCUAUUUUUGCAACAGCAGACCAAAAGGUUGCCGAGAUUUCGAAAGCUCCGUCGGACUCUAUUUUGGUAUCAUCCUUGGUUAAGAGCAUUGAGGUUAUGUAUAUGAUUAUGGAUCUCCAGUCAACAUACUUCAACAUCGUUCGACCCUUCAUAAGAUCACAACCUGGAAGCAGACUUAACGUUGCAAAUUCUUCGCUCUCCGCGUUCGAGGACUGCGUCUUGAACAAUUUGCAGAUCAUCCCCAAUUUGUGUCUAUAUUGCAGUACGGGUCACCAGCAGCUUACCGUCUCUUCAAUGGCUCUAUUGGAAAAGCUAUCGAGUUCCGAGCGACUGAACAGGCUCUCUUCCCCGGAGCUAUCCAGGUGGCGGUCAUCGAACAAGAUUGUUGAGGUGUUGAGCACAGAGGUUGAUGUGGAUGGUGUCUCUCGUCCUUUCGUGCUUCAUAUGCAACCCGACCCGAGGGAGCUUGAUUCUGGCCCGCUAGCUUCGGGUUACAUCAUACGUCAAAGCCUAUUACAGCUCCUCAAUAGCUGUUUGGAUAUGAUCUCGGAUCGGCCUACAGUUGCUCACUUGCUGCUUGGUUUCGGCUGUGUGGGCAACCUGCUUGAUGUUUCCCCUGAAGGUUUGUUCGCCAACGGCACGUCCUUACUCCACGCCAUUCUAGGUUACGUGCAAAGUUACCCGGGUGAGUUGGACGACAACGUUGUGCCAUGGAUGCUGCACUCGAAACGCACGGCGUUUGAAGUAUUGAAACAUCUAUGGUCGUCGAAAAUUUCGUCAUAUUAUACGUUAGCGGAGAUGCGUGCCAGUGGCUUCCUUGUCAGCUUGUUUGCGAGCCAGCCUCUAGUGGGGCCAAGCACGGAAUGGGAUGGCUUGCCACUUGCGGCAGAGGAUUUUUGGGUGUGCGAAUCGACAGUCGCGCUCGCGGAAUUCUUAUUGUUUAGAAGCUGUCUAUUCGACUAUGCUGCAACGGAGAUUCGCUCUGCGGCAAAAAUUGGUUCACCCACGUUACUAGAGAAUAUCCUGUCUACGUUGUUUGGAAGCUCCGCUUUAGAUAAUGGAGCAAUCCUUCCAAACCCGACUGUGUUCGACCUUUUCGAUUUCGCGGACCUCGAUAUUCAGUUCCAUGCGCUGACACCAGAUGUGGAGUUUCUCGCCGGGCUUAACAUUGACGUGUGCGCAAAGCCGCAAGCCGACGGCUCUUUUGCAUUAUACGACAUUCCCCAAGUGGAAGCACUCAUACAAGCCAGGAAAGAAGACCGAUUAGCAGACAAUGAGUUGCGUCCGCAGGAUUCUGAAUUGUUCGAUGCUGAAGGGGAAAGCUUAAUUGUGUUCCUGCGAGCAACAAAUCAAUCACGAAUAAUCAAUUUCAACCGGCGCAUGGCACUCCGCUCCUGGGCUGAGUUACUCACCACUAUACUCACUUGCUGCGAGCUUGAGGGUGGACGGAAAUUAACGUUCAUCCUACAUUCCAUUCAACUAACGCUACCGAAACUUGAGGGUGCUAUUGAAGAGAAUCUCCCUGAAGGUCUUGAGCUGGCCCGGUUGGCGGAGACGUUGGUUGAACAUUUGGAGCCAACAUCUGGCAAAUCGACACCUCCGAGGCGUAAUGGGGAUAUUGUUGAUGAGAAGCUACACCAACUAUUCCAAAUCUGUACUCGAGGUAUCGUCCUGUCCACUGGGAGUGUCCAUCUAAAGGAGACUUUCUACAACAUCUGCGCACUCUACAUUGCCCGUGUCGUCUCCUCUAGUACUGGAAAUGGUAGCAUGAGACAACACUGCCAGCAAGUAGUCAAAUCAUCGGGUAGCGCUCUCAUCGAGGCCAUUUGCGACGACGCCUACACCGGCCAGGAAACGUGCCGAGUUUCAGCCCUUUUACUGCUCAAUGCUCUGGCAACGCUGGACAGGCACGCGGACGCUAUGUUAGCCGAAUCAAUAGCCGAGUCCAAUUACCUGAGUUUAUUCCUUGAUAGCAUUCGAGUGUUGCCGGUCGAGCUUAGGAAUGCCCAAACCAACGACACGCCUAUACUCUUAUCAUAUUACGAAUCCCUACUAUCCUUGCUGCAACAGCUCUGCCAAACAAAACCUGGCGCAACUCACGUGUUAAAGGCUGGCUUAUUCCAGGCCGUGCGCGAUUCACAGCUAUUCGCUGCGGAUCCCGACCUUGGUAUCGCAGACAUUGAUAACGCCGAUGCCCUUCGGAAAUACUACGAUCUCCUCGACUCGGUGCUCCGAGUCAUUGUCACGGCAGCAUUUUCUCGAGGGUUCCACAACGAACAAAUGGUCGAGCAGACCCGAUCCUUCCUCACGGAGAACAGGCAGAGCAUGGUGGGCAUAUUCAAGCGUUUUGCCAAGAUUGGCGGAUCUGGUGCAGUCGACCACCACGACUCACUUACCAGCAUUGCGAAGUCAUACACGGCCCUUGUUGCUGCUACAGACUUUUUAGAGAUGCAGCAGAACUCGAGAGGCGCCACCGAGCAGAGGAGCGGUAAGCGCAAGGUUUCUAGCAAGAGGAAGCUGAACGAUCAGGAGGCUUCGACUCAACAACCUCCAAAUCAGCAAGCGACCAUCUCGGAGCUCCUCCACCGCAACAAAGCGCAAGACGAACUUCCAUCGCCGACAACCAAGCGAGUGCGAUCGUCUCUCUCGUCCCUACCUCCGAACCAGCCCGGCUCCGGCGAAAUGUACAGUUUUUCGAACACAGGGACAAAACCGAGUGGUCCGAAUACCGGAGAACCUGUCUUGUCGAAUUCCGCCCUUCAGCCCAAUGCCCCAUCCCAUCAGAGCAACUUCACGCCGCAUACUGGAGCGAAGAGGCUGGUUGUGAAGAAUUUGAAGACGGGCGGUCGCUUAAAUCGGGAUUCAUAUUUUGAUAAAGUGUGGGGUCAAUUAGAUGCGGCCUUAUCAGCAAUCUUUAGUGGCGGGAAGCCGGAGAUAUCACUCGAGGAGCUAUACAAGGGGGCCGAGAAUGUAUGUCGUCAGGGUCGGGCUGCAGAACUAUCAAGACGGCUUCAAGAGCGAUGUCGCGAGCAUGUUACCGGGAAAUUACACGAUUCUCUGGUCGACAAAGCCCGGAUGGGAUCCAACAUCGAUACUCUGAGGUCUGUGGUAGAGGGUUGGAAAGUAUGGCAAUCAAUGCUGGUUACCGUGCGCUGGAUCUUCUAUUACCUUGACCAGUCGUUUCUCCUUCACUCCAAAGAACAUCCCGUAAUUCGAGAGAUGGGUUUAAUACAGUUUCGACAGCACAUAUACUCCGAUCCCACAUUACAGCAAAAGAUACUCCAGGGCGCCUGUGAUCUCGUCGCUGCGGAUCGCAGCGAGGACCACAGCAUGCUUGCCGACUCCUCCCUUCUUCGGAAUGCUAUUGAACUAUUCCACAGUCUUGAUGUUUAUGUUUCUGGUUUGGAGCCUGUGCUUAUUGCGGACUCAAAGGGGUUUUUUUCCCUUUGGGCUCAGCAAGAGGCAUCCGGAUAUCUAGCGUCAUAUGUGGAAAAUAGCCAUCGCUUGAUUGAGAACGAGAUGAAUCGUUGUGAACAAUUUUCGUUCAACAAGACCACUAAACAGAAACUGUCUGAACUACUCGACCAAACUCUAGUAACAGACGAGGAAGAUGUCUUGUUGAAUCAGAAGGACAUUCUCGGUUUGCUGCGAGUAGAGAACAACGUUGCUCUAGCACAACUUUACACACUCCUUGAGCGAAAGGAUCUUGGCGCCAAACUGAAAGGCGCCUUCAGCGCAUACAUUGUGGAGGAAGGGACGGGUAUCGUUUUCGAUGAAGAGAAAGACGCGGAAAUGGUUUCCCGUUUGUUGGACUUUAAGAAACAGCUUGACAAUAUCUGGAAUGAAUCAUUCCGUCGAAAUGAAGACCUCGGUCACACUCUCCGCGAGGCCUUUGAGACGUUCAUGAACAAGGGCAAAAAGUCAGACUCCACGGGUGGUACGGACAACCCAAAGACCGGGGAGAUGAUUGCGAAAUACGUAGACAGGCUUCUUCGGGGAGGAUGGAGACUAGCCCCCACACGAGAGGCAGAGGACAUGCCACUGGCAGAUGAAGAUGCAGAGAUCAAUCGACAGUUAGAUCAGGUGUUAGACCUGUUCCGCUUCGUCCAUGGGAAAGCUGUCUUCGAGGCUUUCUACAAGAAUGACCUGGCUCGUCGCCUCUUGAUGGGCAGAAGCGCAAGCGAUGAUGCAGAGAAGAGCAUGCUGUCAAGGCUCAAGAUAGAAUGCGGUUCGAGUUUUACACACAACCUCGAAUCCAUGUUCAAAGAUAUGGAAGUUGCUCGGGAUGAAAUGGGUGCUUAUAGUUCCAUUCAGCGAGAGCGACAAACUCCUCUUCCGGUUGAUUUACACGUCAGUGUGCUAUCCCAAUCGGCAUGGCCGACAUACGUGGAUGUCCCAGUGCGGAUACCGCCGGAGAUCGCAACCGCCAUCAGCGACUUUGAGAAGUUCUAUGACAGCAAAUACAAUGGUCGGAAGCUCACAUGGAAGCACCAGCUAGCACACUGUCAGAUCCGGGCAAGGUUCCCCAAAGGAAACAAGGAACUUGUCGUCAGUUCAUUCCAGGCAGUUGUGCUAUUAUUGUUCAAUGAACUCCCGGAUGGGGGCACACUUAGCUAUCGCCAGAUUCAAGACGCCACUACACUAUCGGACCAAGAGCUUACGCGGACGCUCCAGUCUCUUGCGUGCGCCAAAUACCGGGUUCUCAGCAAGAAGCCUAAGGGUCGGGAUGUUAAUGAGACCGACGAGUUUGCUUACAAUCCAACAUUUACCGACCCGAAAAUGCGGAUCAAGAUUAACCAGAUCCAGCUGAAGGAGACCAAAGAGGAGAACAAGACAACCCAUGAACGCGUCGCCGCUGAUCGUCACUACGAGACUCAAGCAGCAAUUGUGCGGAUAAUGAAAAGUCGCAAGAGCAUCACACACGCCGAACUGGUGGCGGAAGUUAUCAAGGCGACGCGGAGCCGCGGUGUUCUUGAUCCAUCGGAUAUCAAGAAGAAUAUUGAGAAGUUGAUCGAGAAGGAUUACAUGGAGCGCGACGAUGGAAACAGAUACCAAUAUGUAGCCUAG